CUGGUUACUCUCCCUGCGCGGCGCUGCUCCCGUAAGUUCGCGUCUUGGUUCGCUAUGGCUCGUACGAAGCAGACUGCCCGCAAGUCCACCGGUGGCAAGGCCCCGCGGAAGCAGCUGGCCACCAAGGCGGCUCGCAAGAGCGCGCCGGCCACGGGCGGCGUCAAGAAGCCGCACCGCUACCGGCCGGGCACCGUGGCCCUGCGGGAGAUCCGGCGCUACCAGAAGUCGACCGAGCUGCUGAUCCGCAAGCUGCCGUUCCAGCGGCUGGUGCGCGAGAUCGCGCAGGACUUCAAGACGGACCUGCGCUUCCAGAGCUCGGCCGUGAUGGCGCUGCAGGAGGCGAGCGAGGCCUACCUGGUGGGGCUGUUCGAAGACACGAACCUGUGCGCCAUCCACGCCAAGCGCGUGACCAUCAUGCCCAAAGACAUCCAGCUGGCUCGCCGCAUCCGCGGGGAGCGGGCUUAAGAAGUGUGCGCUCGGCUCGAGGUUCCAUCAAAUCCAAAGGCUCUUUUCAGAGCCACCCACGACUACACUUGAAAGAGGCUGUGUCGCUUGUCCGCCCUCUCUUGGCAGGCCUUCGCAUGCUCCGCGAGCGUAGGGCGCGCUCAAGACGGGCGGACCUUAGAGCGCGCCAAGCACUGGACUCCCAACAGAUAAACAGGCUAAAGAGGCCAGUUGUACGGUCUAAACCCCUGCUUGCUGCUGCCUUCCCGGGUGUCAGUAACUUCAGAGUUGGGUCAGUGUGCUUGUCUGGGCUGGCGGGUUGCCGCCGCUUCCUUGGGCGCCCUAGAACGUGCAACUUCGCUGCUUAGAGGUGACCCUGCGUUUUCUCGUAGGUUGGGGCUCUUUUCUAGCGCUUUCGUCUUCUAGUGUAGGCCACGAUUAUA